UCUGCUCGUGGUUGCACGCCGAGUCUCUUGCCGUCCCCGCCGUCCCCGCCUCCCCGCCGCCGCCGCCGCCAUGUCGCCGCUCGCCUGUUCGUUGUUCGCGCUCGCCGCGCUGCUCGCCGCCGCCGACGCACAACUGGUACAGAGAUGCACGACAAUGAUAAUAGGUCAGGUAACAAACAUCGAGCAACCUCUAGCUGCAGUAGGUUUACCCUACGGGCCGUCGCAAAUAGACUUCAAAAAUUAUUGCCCUGCUCCCCUGCACAACGUCGGUGAAAAGAUAACCGUGUGCAACAACACCAACAACGACUACCCCGCGCCCGUGAUCACGCCCCCGGCGGACGGGUCCGUGUCCCCCGUGAGCGUGUACUGCGCCGACCUGGCCGGCUGCACCGCCAACCCCAUGGUCGAGUAUUGCGGCUAGACCUUCUUCACCAUUCAAUCACCCUUUUACUCUCUCGUUAACAUGAUGUGCGACUUCAAUUUUCCAAUUUUAAAAUUAAACGUUGUCAGUACCUUUUGUGUAGGGUACCAGACUUCAUGCUUUCUUGAUUAAAACUUUCAUGGAUGUAAUA